CUAUAUUUAUCUAUUGUUCAUCCACGAGAUAAGGCUUCACAACCUCUGCUCUACGGCCAUGGCAGAAGCUUCAAGAAUCUUGCAAACCACACUGAUCUCUACUUUCACACAAAGCCCAUAUCAAAAACACAAAACUUUUGCCUACCCAUCUUCUCAGAAGCUCAUAAAACGAGUCACAACUCGGUGCUUGGCCACCACUACCGAUGAAGAAACCAAGAAAAGAGCUUCAGGUGGGUUUGAAAAUAUAACAUGGGGUUGUGAGAUGGAUUCUCCGGAGAAUGCUUCGGGGCUGCAGAAGUGGUUGUAUAGUUCGGGGUUGCCUGCCCAGAAGAUGGGGAUUGAGAAGGUUGAAGUUGGGGAGAGAGGGCUUGUGGCUCUUACGAAUAUCAGGAGAGGGGAGAAGUUGCUGUUUGUGCCGCCUUCUUUGUUUAUUACUGCUGACUCGGAAUGGAGUUGUCCAGAAGUUGGUGAUAUCUUAAAGAGGGAAAAUGUGCCGGACUGGCCACUUCUCGCAACCUACCUGAUCAGUGAGGCUAGUCUGAAAGAUUCCUCAAGAUGGAUUAAUUAUAUCUCUGCCUUGCCAAGACAGCCUUACUCACUUUUAUAUUGGACUCCUUCUGAGCUAGAUCGAUAUCUGGAAGCAUCACAGAUACGAGAGAGGGCAAUUGAAAGGAUUAAUGGGGUCACUGGAACGUAUAAUGACUUGCGACGACGGAUAUUUUCCAAAUAUCCUAAUCUAUUUCCUGAAGCGGUGUACAAUAUGGAGACCUUCAAGUGGUCAUUUGGCAUUCUUUUCUCACGCUUGGUCAGAUUGCCCUCAAUGGAUGGAAGGGUUGCAUUGGUUCCUUGGGCAGAUAUGCUAAACCACAGUUGUGAGGUGGAAACAUUUUUGGAUUAUGACAGGUCAUCCCAAGGAGUUGUCUUUACAACUGAUCGGCCGUAUCAGCCAGGUGAGCAGGUUUUCAUAUCAUAUGGCAAAAAAUCUAACGGAGACCUAUUGCUAUCAUACGGAUUUGUUCCAAGGGAGGGCACAAAUCCCACCGAUUCGGUAGAGUUAUCAUUUUCACUUAAGAAAUCCGACAAAUGUUACAAGGAGAAGUUAGAGGCUCUUAAGAAGCAUGGUCUCUCGACACCUCAAUGUUUUCCUUUACAAAUCACUGGCUGGCCUCUGGAGUUAAUGGCAUAUGCAUAUUUAGCUGUCAGCCCCCCAAGUCUGAACAAACAAUUUGAAGAGAUGGCUGCUGCUGCAUCGAAUAAGACAAAAAAGAAGGAUUUGAGAUAUCCUGAACUAGAAGAACAGGCACUGCAAUAUAUUUUGGAUAGUUGUGAGUCCAGCAUAUCAAAGUACAGCAAGUUCCUUCAGGCAAGUGGGUCGAUGGAUUUGGAUGUGACAUCUCCAAAGCAACUCAGCCGAAAAUUGUUCUUGAAACAGCUGGCUGUAGACUUGUCUACGAGUGAACGAAGGAUACUAUAUCGUGCACAAUAUAUACUGAGAAGGAGAUUAAGGGAUAUAAGGAGUGGAGAACUGAAAGCUCUCAAACUCUUCGACGGAUUCAGAAAUUUUUUCAAAUCGGAUUAAGGGAUUAUAAGUGUUAUAGUUUCAUACAAAUGUCGGGGCAGAUAAUGCCUGAUUCAGUUUGCUCAGAAGGCAUGUUGUAUCCUUCCAAAUGUAAAGCUUAGGUGAAUACUAAAAGGAGCUGAAACUCAUGUUAUCCAACAUAUAUCUGUGCCACGUUUAGACAGGUGAAAGUUGCAACUUACAGUGUUGACAGUGCAAGUUUAAAGAGGUGAAAGUUGCGACUUACACUUUUGUGAUACUUUUUAAA